UGCGUCUGCCGCCGCGACGUCAGGAGUUAUUUUGCGGAAAGGGUUUCUUCUCAGUGGGCUACUGGGACCAGCAGUACAACGUGUAUCUACUUCUGUUAAUGUGAAGCUGAACUUGUGAACAUCUCGGAUUCUGAUAUUGUUCCUCGUAAAAGCUGUGAAUGUAGUGUUGAAUACCGCGCGCUCAGGUGUGUGUGCUACGAACUAAGCGCAACUCCGGUGUUUCUGCGCGAGCGGGAGCUGACAGCGGGACAUGCAGUGGAAGUGGAGAGGUUAAGGGGGACUUCUUCGCCUCUGCUUUGCUGAUUCCGAUGACUUCUGAGAGCAAACUAUACGUUUUCUUAGAGGAGCUACCACAUAACCUCCAGAACCCCGGGCCUUGUGUGUGAACCCAGCUGGCUCUAGGACCAUGAUGCCCUCUGUGCCGCUUGUGCUGCUGCUGCUGGGCUCGCUGGCGCUGGCCUCUGCUGACCAGUCACAGGCCCCUCGCGUCCUCCUGUCCUUCACAGAGCUACACUCCACUGGAACCAGCCACCAUUUCUCGUACUUGUUGAACACGACGGCGUUCCGCAUCCUGAGGAUGGACGAGGACUAUGACCGCAUGUAUGUGGGCAGCAAGGACUACUUCCUGUCACUGGACCUCCGCGACAUCAACCGCGAGCCCCGCAUCAUCCACUGGCCAGUGUCCCAGCAGAGGAAGACGGAGUGUGUCCUCAGCGGGAAGGACGUCAAUGGUGAGUGCGGGAACUUCAUCCGAUUGAUAGAACCGUGGAACCGGACGCACCUCUACAUCUGUGGAACCGGAGCCUACAAUCCCGUCUGCACCUACGUCAACAGAGGCCGUAAACCAGAGAGCAUUGGGCACCUGCUGCAGCCUCAGAUGCGAGGGAGGAGGAGCAGUCGGGCAGCUGAGACCAAUGACAUGUUUGACCAAUCAGCACUGGAGGAGUAUAUUUUUCACCUGGAGCCUGGCAAGGAGGAUUCUGGGAAAGGGAAGUGCUCCUAUGACCCCAAGCUGAAUAGCGUGUCUGCUUUGAUUAACGGCGAGCUCUACGCAGGUGUGUAUGUCGACUUCAUGGGGACGGACUCGGCCAUUUUCCGCACGCUGGGAACACACACUGCCAUGAGGACUGACCAGUACAACUCCCGCUGGCUCAACGAUCCCACGUUUGUUGAUGUGCAGCUCAUCCCGGACAGUGCGGAGAGGAACGAUGACAAGCUCUACUUCUUCUUCCGAGAAAAGGCUUCUGAGCUGGGACAGAGCCCAAAGACCCAAGCCACGAUCGCACGCAUCUGCUUGAAUGACGAUGGUGGUCACUGUUGCCUGGUGAAUAAGUGGAGCACCUUCCUGAAGGCUCGUCUGGUCUGCUCUGUCCCGGGGGCUGAUGGGAUUGAGACACACUUCGAUGAGCUCCGAGAUGUGUACAUCCAGCCAACCCAAGACACCAAAAACCCGGUCAUAUAUGCAGUGUUCGCUGUGUCAGGGUCUGUGUUUAAGGGCUCGGCGGUGUGUGUCUACUCCAUGCCGGACAUCCGCAUGGUCUUCAACGGCCCCUUCGCCCACAAGGAGGGACCCAACUACCAGUGGGCGCCCUUCACUGGCAAGAUCCCCUACCCACGCCCCGGCACGUGUCCAGGGGGCACGUUCACCCCGAACAUGCAGUCCACUAAGGACUACCCUGACGAGGUGAUCAGCUUCAUGCGCGGCCACGCAGCCAUGUUCAACGCUGUGGCCCCAGUGCAGCGCCGCCCCCUGGUGGUCCGCACCGGCGUGGACUACGAGUUCACCACCAUCGCCGUGGACCAGGUCACCGCCACCGACGGAACCUACCAGGUGCUAUUCCUGGGAACCGACAGAGGGACGGUCCAGAAGGUGAUCGUUUUGCCCCGAGACGACCUGCAGACAGAGGAGCUGAUCCUGGAGGAGGUGCAGGUCUUCAAGGUUCCAUCUCCAGUGACAACCAUGAAGAUCUCAUCCAAAAGGCAACAGCUGUAUGUGGCGUCGGCGGUGGGCGUGAGCCAGCUGGCACUGCAGCGCUGUGAUGUGUACGGAGAGGCCUGUGCUGACUGCUGUCUGGCCAGAGACCCGUACUGCGCCUGGGACGGCAGCACAUGCUCACGCUACUCCAGCACACACAAGAGACGCAGCCGGCGGCAGGAUGUGAAGUAUGGCAACCCGAUGCGGCAGUGCCGCGGCUACAACUCCAACGCCAAUAGGAACGCUGUGGAGGCGGUGCAGUACGCGGUGGAGGGCAGCAGCAGCUUCCUGGAGUGUCAGGCGCGCUCACCACAGGCGGCCAUCAGGUGGCACCAUCACCGUGGUAACAGUGACCGCAGGAAGGAGGUGCGGUCCGACGGGCGAGUUCUGAGGCUGGAUCAGGGUUUGCUGUUGCGCUCGCUGCAGCUGGCGGACGCGGGACUCUAUGUGUGCAGCGCCACCGAGAACAACUUCAAGCACGUGCUGGUGCGGCUGCAGCUGGUGGUGCUGGGCAGUGGGGCGGUGAGCGCCGCUCUGGUGGAGAGCGGCCAGACUGCACCCCCCCUGCAACCCCUGGCAGGACAGUACCGCGAUCUGCUGACCAUCCUGAGCCAGCCCGAGAUCGGCCUCAUCAACCAGUACUGCCAGGACUACUGGUCGCUAGGAGACCCGCAGCUGGGCGGAGCCAGGGAGGAGCUGGGAGAGCAGAGGAAACCCAGGAGUCGCCGACAUCAUGGGGGGGAGGGGCCUCACCACCACACACACCCACACGGGGAGGAGUCACACCAUCACCACCCACAUCAUAACUCUGGAGUGGCGGAGUCCCCACCCACAUCAUAACUCUGGAGGGGCGGAGUCCCCACCCACAUCAUAACUAUGGAGGGGCGGAGUCACCACCCACAUCAUAACUCUGGAGGGGCGGAGGCAGAGGAGUCAUGAGAACUUCAACUGAGAAAGACUCCAGUUACCCAUCAAGCCUAAACAAACAAACAAACAAACAACAUAGAAGUCCACUCAACACUCUAUAAACAACAUAGAAGUCCACUCAACACUCUCAUGCUCAGUAUUUAUUGUCGGCUGUAUAUAGUAGCAUUUGGUGAGAUUCUUUCUACCACAGUAGAGGCUGUUUGUGUAUAAGUGUCAUAUGGUCAAAUAUUGUUCUUGUUUUUAUCACUGUUGUAAAAAAUGUCAUGUUCAUGGUAUUUUGUAUAAAGUCUUGUGGAGUGAAUAGGUGGGGAAAGUAAAGGGAAUCAGAAAUGGGUAGGAGAAGGAGAGCACGGUGACUCAGAACACUGCUCCGGAACAUCAUGUCAGAACACUGCUCCGGAACAUCAUCUCAGAACACUGCUCUAGAACAUCAUGUCAGAACACUGCUCUAGAACAUCAUCUCAGAACACAGCGCCGGAACACUGCUCCGGAACAUCAUGUCAGAACACUGCUCCGGAACGCCACUUUAAACCCUCUCUGCUCUGAAAAACCACACCGUGGAACCCUGUAAGCAGAGCAUAUCCCAGGCCUGACAUGACAUUCAGUUCCUUAGCUUCCAUUGUUCUCCUAUCAGUACAACCCCACACACCAGCACAGACGUCUUGUGCCACCACCUAGUCAAUACCUUCCGCUUCCAUUGCUGUCUCCACCACACAAUCCAAUCCAUUGUUUAUGGAAUGCAGAUCAAUUGAAGAUUUCGACACAAAGAUUUCAGGGCAAAUGACCGAUAUGGACCAAUUUGGACGCUCAAGGACGCUCGUGCCCAACACUAAACCUGUGCAUGAGUGGUCAUCUGCCAAUCAGCAUGUCAAACACCAUACAAUAGAUUCUCUCCACUAAACCUUUUAGUGCCUCUCGUACAGAGGUCUGGUAUGUCCAAAAGGCUUCUGUCUUUUCUAAUGUCAUCCUUUGCUUUUGUGCACUGUUGCCGAUGUCUGGGCCUAUUCUGAAGUGCAUCUUUAUUAGGAAGAUAUUGCUAUGCUAAGAUAUUGAUAUGCGUAGUAGUCAUCAGAUGUCGUUAUCCAGAGACAGGGCUGUUACCUUCACUUUCAUCUGGAAACCUAUGUAAAAGUGUGAGUUGUAAAACCAUUAGGGCCCAAUUUAGACUAGUUUAGUCACUCCUCAAUUUAGACUAGUUUAGUUAAGUCACUCCUCAAUUUAGACUAGUUUAGUACCUCCUAAAUUUAGACUAGUUUAGUUUAGUCACUCCUUAAUUUGGACUAGUUUAGUCACUCCUCAAUUUAGACUAGUUUAGUCACUCCUAGUUUAGUCACUCCUCAAUUUAGACUAGUUUAGUCACUCCUCAAUUUAGACUACCAUAUUUUCCGGACUAUAAGUCGCUCCUGAGUAUAAGU